UGUAUUUUAAAUAAGAACCAGUAUUGAAACGACAAUGGCCGAAACCGAAAACACAAGCAAACGUAGACGGCUUAAAAUUGUUAAUGCAGUAAAUGACACUGAUGAAACCUGCCAGACAUUCAUAAUGGAGGAUGAGGAUCACACACUGGGUAAUGGUCUUCGAUACAUCAUCACAAAAAGUGAUGAUGUUCAGUUCUGUGGUUACAGUAUUCCCCACCCAUCAGAGAACAAGUUAAACCUGAGAAUACAAACAAAUGGGAAACCUGCUACUGAUGUCUUGGAAGAUGGUUUAAAAAACCUAGACAAGAUGUGCCAACACAUCCUGAAGACCUUUGAGUCAUCUGUUGCAGAAUUCAAGUCAUCUGUCCCACACGAUGAAGACAUGAGUUAGCGAGCCGUGUACAACAGGUGUUACAGAAAAUAUUCUGUGAUGCUGGCGUCGGAAAAUGUACAUACUGGUUGCUGUACCUAGAAAUAUGCCAGCUGACUUUCAAGUCCCAAGAGAUGGGAUAAAUAACAUUUGCAACACCAAUUACCCAUGUAAGACAUUAGAGAUAUAUGUGUACAAAAUUGUUCACAGGUUUAAAAGUAAUGUUGGCCAAGGAUAUAAUUUCAAAGUCGGGUGCAGAUACAUGUUUAUAAUAGUGUUUUGUUAUUUGUACAAGGAAGUGAAAUUCAGAAAUGGAGUAUUGAGGGCUUAGUACUGUUGGACAGAUGGUGUAUGCAUGCAGUGACACACAUGUUUAAUGGUAUUAUGCCACAUUCGGAAAGAACUGACUGAUGCAGUAUGAGGGAUGGAGAAUAUUUGUGAUAUAUUCAGAAUAGCCAUUGUAUGCAUGUGUUUCUAUGGAAAUAAAGGAAUAAAAUAAACCUUUAAAAAAAA